AUGGCAUCUAACGACCCCUCCAAAACCCCAGCAGCGCCUGGCAGCAUGAGCAACGAUGCAUCCGAUUCUAUUCCUAAGUAUGUUCCACAGUUUUCUGCCGCCACGGAAAUGAUCCUCAAGCGCAUCAACUCGGGCACAGUAUCGACCCUCGCCUCGAUUGGCAUCAAUGGCACCCCUCCUGGCUACGACGACAUGCGCCGCAGUAUCCUCCAAGGCAUGAAGACCUCGAUGAACGUGGAGCUACCCCCCAUCGCGAAUCCUGGCGGGCGCCAAAAGCCAUUCCAGACGGGCACUGCCAAAGAACGAAUUCCUAUCCCUCGAAAGAUGGGCUCGGGUAGAAAACCCAAGUCUGCUACACCAUCGAGCACUCCCGGUGGGUCGGCAAGUGGAGGAAAGGCAAAGCCAACACCCAAGGGUCGUGCAGGAACAAAGAGAAAGAGACGACAGCACUCGACCAGUGAGGAAGAUGAGGAGGAGGAGUCGGAUGACAAUAUGUCGAAGCUUGGAGGAGAUUCCGACUCAGAUGAUGAAGAGGGCAGCAUGCCAGAGUUGCCAAAGAUCACCCAGUCUGGUAGACAAGUCAACAAGCCUGCGCAGUUCAUUCCAGCGGCCUAUGAGACUGCUACUAAGAGGAGGGCUCCCUCUAGGCGCAACCAGGAUCAGGCGCUGUGCAAGGUGUGUCAACGAGGCCACAGCCCUCAGAACAACAUGAUUGUCUUCUGUGAUGGUUGUAAUUUGGGAUGGCAUCAACAAUGUCACGAUCCAAAAGUCUCUGAAGAGGCGGUCAAGGACGAGUCCUCGUCGUGGUUCUGCGCUGAUUGUAGCCGGAAGAAAGGCAUCAAAUCUGGGUAUGAGACCAUUCCUGGAGUUAGCUGGCAAGGACGCAGUUCUGAAGAGAAAAGAGCCUACCUGAGCUCCCUUCCUCACCCACAGCUGGUCACUCUUCUGUUGCAGGCUACGGUGCUCCAUCCUAAUCUCCCCAUCUUCCCACCAACCCCAAGUGGCCAACUCAUGCAAGCACAAGCAUACAUUCCGGCCUCUCGCCAAACUAACGCGCCGGUGUCCCGCACAAAUAUGCACGCCCAACAACCGUUUCCGCCAUCUGCAGCCUCUUCCGCCGGUCUCUUCAAGCGCGCCGAAGGGAACCCCAAUGCCACUAUAAACUUUAUCCGCAAACUCCAACCCGGCCAACCAGGUUGGGUCGCAGCAACGCCUUCACCUCCACCACAUCAUCCCCAGGCAUCUUCUUAUGCCCAUGCUUCGUCGGCACCGCCUCAUUUCGCUACCCAAACCACCGAACCCGUUGCGGAUUCCGAAAGCAGAGAAAGCACGCCCAACAGUCCACCUUAUCCCAAAGCCGGCAACGGUUUGAUGGCCAAGCUGGGUCCCGACGAUGAGGAUCUAGAUUGGUUGGUCGACAAUGGUGAUUUUGAUAGUUUCAGUCAUGCGGUCUACGACGAGCGUGGGGAGAAGACGGAGGAGAAUGGCGUUGCUGUUAAUGGCUCCCUCAUUUAA